AUGUUGGCGAGCGGCAGCAGUGCCAGUCGCAGCCCGGAUGGCAGCUUAGUGCCGGCGCCGAGUGAGGGUGGCGGGCAGCAGCAGCAGCCAGGCUUCCAGGUUCACGAGGACAACGUGACGCUGCAGGGCGGAAAGCGUGUGAUUGUGCACUCGCGCGUUGUGCCACUGAAGCCAGGCAGCCUGCACCUGCACGGCCUCGCCUGGCUGCUCAACGGCACCGCUCAUGGCCAGGCGGCCUUCCACAUACCCCGACCCAUCUCACGCAAGCCUGGCAGUAGCAGCAAGGUGCUCCUCGAUGCCGAUCGGCCCGCCCCCGGUGGCAUGUCCUUCCGCGUGCUGCCCCCCAUGCCGCGAUUGGAGGUCAGCGUCACGGGUUUGCCGGCAGCAGUGCUAGCGGGGGAGGUGGUGUGCUGCAGCAUGCGGCUGAAGAACAGCGGGGCCAUGACCCUACAGCAUUUGUCCAUGGCGGCAGCAGGGACCGCAGGCAUCUUCCUCGGUGGCGGCCCAGCAGCCGGUUCUGGAAAUGGCAGUGACGGCAUCGGCAGCGACGGCAUUGGUGUCGCUGUCUACAUGCUGCCCAAUGUGCGGCUGGGUGUGGGCCAAGAACUCACGCUUCCAGUCUGGUUCAGGUUCGCGGCAUUGGGAUAA